AUGGGAAAUACAACAACAUCUGCGAGAGGAGCAUCUUCACCCUCUGUCGUGAAUCGUUCCAUGAUGAUCAACCAACAACAACAAAAUCCAUCAACCACCACAUCCACGUCGGGUAAAAGAGAACAAUUCAAACAAGUUUCUAUGAAGAAGAAGAAGAACAUGAUAAGAGCAAGUACCACCUCGCAGCAACCUCACCACUUCUCUGUAUCCUCAUUGCCAGCAGAGACUGCUCUCUCUCAACUCCAAUAUUCAAGCUCUCCUUCCAUCUCGGUACGAAAGAAGAAGAUCAAAACACCUCAAUCUCCAGAGAGAAAGAAUCACCGAGGUAAAUCCCCAUCCCAUCAUAAGAAGAGUGAGGAAUCACAACUUUCAAAGACCACUACCACUAUGGCUACUCAAACUGCACGAUCUAAGGGUUCUAAAGGAACUAAUGCUGAGUCAGCUAUGGAUUUUCAAACCAAGCCUACACAACCUGCUAACGACAAUCCUUGCAACUGCGACGAUGAAACGAGUCUUUCAUUGGAUGAAUCGGAAAUUAUUGAAGAUGUUGAACAAGAUAUGGAAGAACGAUCCAGCAUGUUCCGAAGAUUUAGUAGUAUUCUAGGCGAUGAUGAAAUGCUCUUUGAUAUGUAUUGUGGAAGUAGUAAUCCUCAUUCCAUGAUGAAUACUCAAGAUGAAAAUUUACUUGACAAUGAUUAUGAAUUCAAUGACGAUCCACCCUCUCCUCAUGCUCCCACUGGUUUAACGCCACCAUCGUGCUGUGUUUCAUGCUCCAUUUGCGGAAGUGCCAACCACACGACUGCCACACCUCAAGGUCAUCACAUGAGCAACGCUUCCACGCCUCAUCAUCAUUGUUGUGGCUAUAAGACUCCAUCAGCAACGACGAGCACGAGUGUUGUUUCUGCAGGUUCACAUUCUUCAUUGAGCCUCCAUCAACAUUCAGCAAGUAGUAGUUCAUUGUCAACACUGGUAGGACAACGAGCAAGAGCUGUUGGAAGUCAUGUACAUUGCAACUCGGCAAGUAUGAACUCCUUGUAUUCUUCGUCUCAUUUGACAUCUGGAAUGCAUGCAGCCAUGUCCUCACCUGCCCUUACAAAGCAAUCACCCUCGUAUAACGAUCAAUCCAUUGCAAUUUUGAAAGACUUAAUAAAUGUAAACACUGGUCUCUGA